CUCCAAGCAGUCCAGGGUUGGCCUCUGAGCAAUCACAUGCCCAGGGCGGUGACUUAUUAACUUUGAGCCUAUUGGAGUGUGUUACUACUGUAUCCCUAAGACACCUAACCCAAGGCCAGCCCUCGGAGGGCCCAUAGACAGGCUCCUCAGGGCAAGCAGCUAGAGGAAGCAUGAGCCAGAUCAUCACCUUAGGGGAGUUGGUCAACCUGGCCAUCGGGACGCCGGAACUGGGCCAUGUUAACUUCAAUGCCCUUCAUUUCUUCCUACACAGCCUUCUGGAUUAUCUUCACCUGGGGGAUGUGACAAAAGAGAUUCCCGAGGACGAGUGGGGUUUUCUGAAGCCCCGUAGCAGCGCCACGUCUCCUGUAACACUUCCUGUAACACCUUCUGGCUCAGCCCAGGAGGUGAAGAAAUCCAGCUCCAUCUUCCAUCAGAUGCACGACAGAAUUACAGCCCUAGAGAGGCAGCUCGAAUUCCUCAAUGACACCCCUUCCACUGAGGAGCUGCUGGCCCGCAGCCAAGGAUCCAGCCAGGCCCGCAGCCAAGGAGCCGACCAAGCCCGCAGCCAAGGAGCCGACCAAGCCCGCAGCCAAGGAUCCGGCCAGCUCCGUGGCCAAGGAUCCGGCCAGCUCCGCGGCCAAGGUGCCGACCAGGCCCGCGGCCAAGGAUUGGACCAGGCCCGCGGCCAAGGAUUGGACCAGGCCCGCGGCCAAGGAGCUGACCAGGCCCGCGGCCAAGGAUUCGACCAGGCCCGCGGCCAAGGAGCUGACCAGGCCCGCGGCCAAGGAUUCGACCAGGCCCGCGGCCAAGGAUUUGACCAGGCCCGCGGCCAAGGAUUCGACCAGGCCCGCGGCCAAGGAUUCGACCAGGUCCGCGGCCAAGGAGCCGACCAGGCCCGCGGCCAAGGAUCCGACCAGGCCCGCGGCCAAGGAUCCGGCCAGCCCCGUGGCCAAGGAUCUGGCCAGCCCCGCGGCCAAGGAUCUGACCAGUCCCGCGGCCAAGGAUCCAGCCAGCCCCGCAGCCCAGGAUCCGGCCAGCUCCGCAGCCCAGGAUCCGGCCAGGCCACCCAGGACAUGUGGCAGAUGAUGCAGCUGAAGAAGAAAAUGGAAGUGAAUGAGGAAGGGAUGGCCAAGGCCAUGAUGAUGCUGCAGGAUCUGCUGGACAACAUCAGCUCCCUGAAAAUGGCCGCUGAAGGCUUCCAGCAGGAGCUGGGAUAUCUGAAAGAGGACUUCGCUAAAUUCAAUGUCGACGAGGUGAAGGCACAGCUCCAGAAGCUGGAAGAGAACGGCAAAGUGGUGGAGGAGAUCAAGGAGCAGACGGCCCAAGGGCUGUCAAGGACCGGCUCACGCACCGACUUCUCGGACUUGGUGCAGUGGAAUGCCCUCUGUGAGAUGCUCACAGGCAAGAGCUUCUCCGACACCGAGCGGGACUCCAGGGACGAAGCCUCCAAGGCACUGCUGGGGGCCCUGGGCGUGCUGCCUAAGAAAUACGAGUCCCUCGCAAACCAGCUCUCGGAGUUGCAGCAGCAGCAGCAGCAACAGCAGCAGCAACAGAUGCAGCAGCAGCAGAUGCAGCAGCAAGAGCAGCAGCAGCAGCAACAGCAGCAGAUGCAGCAACAGAAGCAGAAGCAAGCAGGAGGCUUUGCUGAAUUCUCUCCCGAGAUGGCAGCCGAAGUGAAAUCUCUGCUGGAGCGCAUGGACAACCUGCAGAGCCAGAAUGAGCAGGGAAAGGAAUCUCUGCGAACCAUCUCAGACCAGAUGGACAACGUGAAGGAGCAGUGCGAGAAGCUGCAGCAGUCACUGGAUAGAUUGAUAGCCCAUACAUCAGAUAUCCAGAACAUGCGCAACAUGUUAGAAAUGCUGGACGUCACCAAAGCAGACAAGGCGCGAAUACGGGAGGAAAUGAACGUGAAAGCUGACAAGAGUGCCCUGGAGGCCAAGGUGAACCACGGGGAGCUGGUGACGGCCACCAACCAGCUGAGCGAGAUGAUGCAGGAACUGCUGCAGAAGAUGUCCCUCCAGGACAAGGACUGGCAGAAAGCCCUGGAGAAGCUCUUCACUGACAUGGACUGCAAGCUGGACCGGAUGGCCCUGGACCCCGUAAGCAAGCAGCUGGAGGAGGUCUGGAAGUUAGUCAAGAAGUACCUGACGGAGGGGCCCCGCUUUGACGCAGACAGCGCUGCUGGCUUUAAGAAGCAGCUCUUUGAGAGGGUGAAGUGCAUCUCCUGUGACCGGCCAGUGACCAUGAUGACCGGGCCGCACAUGAUCACCAUCCGGAAGGCCACGCUGAGGCCUCGUCCUGCCAGUGCUGCUGGCUACGAGUACCUGGCACGGCAGCAGAUGAAGGAUCAGGAGACACCCGAGAUGAUUGGCAAAGAGCCCCCCCAGACCUGCUGGCAGUGCCAAGCGCAACAGCAGACCUGCAGCAUUAAGCGGCUGUCCAGAUCCCAGGAGCUGAGCACAAUUUACCCUUACGGAGACCCUACAGUCCUCACCUACGACAACACGGAGGUGGACCUUCUAGGCGUGAAUGGCAUUCUCUACAAAGGCCGGGUGGACUCGCAGACCGCCGAGAGGGCUCUUGCUUUGCAGAAGGCAUUUACACUUGCAGCUGUGAAGCCUCCUCGGCCACCUUCUGCGCUCCGGAUGGAGAGGGCCCGCUCCGCCUUUUCCGAUGUCACCCACUAUGUGUCGCCUUACGCACCAUCCUCUGCCCGCAGGCUUGGGCCCGUCGUGACUGCCAGCAACAGCAUCGUCGGCCGGCAGCAGAACGUCACAGUCGAGACCAUCGACAGGGUGGUCAACUCCAACCUCAGCCCCAGCACCAGCCAUUCUGAGCUCGGCGGCGGCGGCGGCGGCGUGGCGGGCCUGUGAGCGGCCUCUGGCCCCCGCCAGGUCCCUCAUGUGCUCCCUCCCCCUCUUGCGCCCCCAAAGGCAGGCCGGUACCAGGGAGUAGCUCCAGGGCGGUCAUCCCACAGGGCCCCUUUCCCUCCCUCCGAGCAGCCUGCAACCCAGCACCUCCCUCAGCCUCCUCCUGGGAUCCCUUCUGGCUUCCAGCAGAGUCCCCACAAAGGGCGGCCCUGCGGGCACUUGGCCCCAUCAGCACCCCUUGGCAAAAGGAAGGUGCCGGCGCCGAGGCUUGUGGGGUGCGCCUGCCUUCCACACGUUGCAGGAUCCCCUGGAGAGCCCAGAGCACCCCUUGCCUUGGGGCACCUGGGCCCAAACUCUAGUGGCGGCGGGCAUGUCAUCCUUCCCACGUGAUGUCCACCCCAUUGAUGAGUAGAGAGGGAGGGCUGGGGAAGGGUCUUAUUGGAACAGUCAAAGGCGUGCCCAGGGGAGGGGCAAGGAGCCCUCCCCUCUCCAUGACAUGAGUCCCUCAGGGCAGCCACAUCCCCCCCUUUCCAGCUCACACCUGGCCAGGCAGGAAGAACAGGUCCUGCAGGCUCGGCAGCCUUCUCCCAUGCACUCCUCCUCUUGAAGUCUGACUCUCCCCUGCUCCCGGCUUUUGGAGAGAAGUGUGCCUGGAAGGAUGGCCCCGUUAUGUCUGACUUAGCCAUCCCUCUAGGACAGAGAGCCCCCCCCCCCCCCGUGUGGGACCCCUGAAGCUACUCCUGCCUCCCGCAGUGGCUGUGAAUUUGAGACGAUUCUGUUAGAUGAGAAAGAGGUUUCAUAAAGGUUCUGUUUCUCUUUUUUCUAA